AUGCUGCUGUGUGCUGUCUUGGCCUAUGGCAUAAAGGAGCGAAAUAGUGCUGACUGCUUUGUGGCCAACAUCGGUGAGUUGGAACCUGCCAUCAGCAGCAAAAGAAGAGCAAUGCUUAAAUACAAAAGUGAUCCAAGCCAGCGGAACCUACAGGUAUUGAGAGCGGCUCGGAAGCGGGCCCAACAAAUAGCUCGCCGCUGCGCAAACAACUACUGGCUGCAGCUGUCGGACAGCAUUCAGCGGGCCUCAGACUCAGGCAAUGUUAGAGGCAUGUACGAGGGGAUCAAGCGAGCAACUGGGAGACCGGUGAUGAGGACGGCUCUGUUGAGGUCCAGGUUGGGCGAGCUUAUCUCCAGCAGGACCAAACAGUUGAAUAGAUGGGUUGAACACUAUCUCGACCUUUACUCCAACGUUAACAACGUCUCGCAGGAAGAGCUGGACGCCAUUGAGAACUUGCCUUCCCUCGAUGCUUUGGAUGCUGAACCAUCUGUCGAAGAGCUAAACAAAGCCAUCAACAUCCUCCCCUGUGGGAAGGCAGCUGGAGAAGAUGGAAUACCCCCAGAGGUCAUCAAAAGUGGCAAGCCGGCCUUACUUGGCCCCCUACACGAGCUCUUAUGUCUUUGCUGGAGGGAGGGCCAGGUACCGCAAGACAUGCGCAACGCAAAGAUUAUCACUUUGUACAAAAACAAAGGCGAUCGUAGCGACUGCAACAACUACAGAGGGAUAUCGCUACUCAGCAUUGUGGGCAAGGUCUUCGCCCGUGUGGUGCUCGGUCACCUACAAGCCCUCGCUGAUCGCGUUUACCCGGAAUCCCAGUGCGGUUUCAGAGCCCAGAGAGGCACAUCAGACAUGAUUUUCUCAUUACGCCAGCUGCAGGAGAAGUGCCGUGAGCAGCGGGGCCUUUGUACAUUGCGUUCAUCGACCUGA